AUUUAGAGGAACAAAAGAAAGGAAAGUAUGUUCUGAUCCGUGAUGGUGAUGAUGAGGAGGAGGACUCUUCUAUAGGCCACUUCCUUGCUUUGGUUUUGGAAUUGGAUGGUGCUCCAGCAGCAGCAGAUUGGUUUGACCAUGUGCGUCAGGCUUUGAUAUUCACAGUUGCACUGGUGAUCACAGUGCUUGUUCUUGUUUUCUCUGGUCGCUAG